CUGCUUGGACACGGUGGCCCUGCUCUCCUCCGCUGGAGGACGCGAGAGGGCCCCGUGAGAGCGGGUACGCGGGAAGGAUCCCGAAGCACCUGAAGUCACUUUGCAAACUCCAGACUCGAGCCAGCUCACAUUUAUUUCUGGUUCUCAAAGGACCUUUGUUCUUUCCAAAGCAGAGGAGGAUGCCUGGGUGCGAAUGGCUUGUCUGAGACACGGGGUGAUUACGAAUUUUGACUUGUGCAUUUGUGUUUUUUGUUUUUUUUUUUUUAGGAACUCAAGACGACAACUUCCAAGCUUUCUUCCACAGUAUCCAAUACCAGAUAGACUGAAGAAAUGUGUGGAGCAAAAAAUUGACAUUCUGACUUUUCAGCCUCUGCUCGCAGAGCUUUUGAACAUGUCGAACUACAAGGAGAAGUUUUCAACUUUGCUCUGGCUUGAAGAGAUUCAUGCAGAAAUAGAACUGAAAGAGUAUAACAUGAGUGGGGUCACCUUGAAAAGAAACGGUGACCUGCUGGUUCUGGAGGUCCCAGGACUGGCUGAAAGUAGGCCUUCUCUCUACGCAGGAGAUAAGCUGAUUUUAAAAACUCAAGAGUACAAUGGACAUGUCAUCGAGUACAUCGGCUACGUGAUUGAGAUUCAUGAAGAAGAUGUAACCCUUAAACUUAACCCAGAAUUCGAGCAGGCAUAUAACUUCGAACCUAUGGAUGUAGAAUUCACAUAUAACAGGACCACAAGCAGACGGUGUCACUUUGCACUUGAACACGUCAUCCACUUAGGUGUUAAAGUGCUGUUCCCAGAAGAAGUCGUUCUACAGUCUCCCCAAGUAGCAGGGAGUUGGAACCAUGCACAAGACACCAAGAAUGACGCACAGCCCGCCAUCAAGACUAGGAAAGCCAUGAAGGACCACACCAAGCCUGCAGCCAAGGAGAGGCGGCCUGAUGCCCAGGCCUCACCGGGCCCGGCAGCCUUUGCGGAAAAGUCAGCUCAUCGGGUAAAUGAAGCGCAGGUCCCCAGGGCGAGGGAAAAGGAAUUUUUCAAUCCCGUGCUCAACGAAAACCAGAAGUUAGCUGUUAGAAGAAUCCUGAGUGGGGACUGUCGCCCGCUCCCGUAUAUUCUUUUCGGACCUCCUGGAACCGGGAAGACGGUGACAAUUAUAGAGGCUGUCUUACAGGUGUACUACGCUUUGCCGGACAGUCGGAUACUGGUGUGUGCGCCCUCCAACAGUGCGGCCGACCUCGUGUGUCUGCGGCUGCACGCCAGCCAGGGGCUGCGGCCUGGCGCCAUGGUCCGCGUCAACGCCACCUGCAGGUUCGAGGAGACCGUCACUGAUGCCAUCAAGACGUACUGCAAAGACGGAGAGGACAUCUGGAAGGCUUCCCGCUUCAGGAUCAUCAUCACCACGUGCAGCAGCGCGGGGCUCUUCUACCAGAUAGGUGUGAGAGUCGGACAUUUUACACACGUGUUUGUGGACGAAGCAGGACAGGCGAGUGAGCCAGAAUGCCUUAUUCCACUGGGGCUCGUUUCAGACGCCAACGGCCAGAUUGUCCUUGCCGGAGACCCCAUGCAGCUCGGACCCGUCAUUAAGUCCAGACUCGCCAUGGCCUACGGGCUGAGCGUCUCUAUGUUGGAGAGACUGAUGUCCCGGCAGGUGUACCUACGGGACGAAAACGCUUUUGGGGCUUGCGGCGCCUACAACCCCCUGCUGGUCACGAAGCUCGUGAAGAACUACAGGUCCCACCCGGCUCUGCUGGCGCUGCCGUCCCGGCUCUUCUACCACAAGGAGCUGGAAGUGUGCGCGGACCCCGCCGUGGUCACCUCCCUGCUGGGCUGGGAGAAGUUGCCAAAGAAAGGCUUCCCCCUCAUCUUCCAUGGCGUGAGGGGCAGCGAAGCUCGUGAAGGGAGGAGCCCGUCGUGGUUCAAUGCUGCCGAAGCGGUCCAGGUCCUGCGCUACUGCUGCCUGCUGGCCAGGAGCCUCUCCAGCCAGGUGUCCGCCAGUGACAUUGGUGUGAUCACGCCCUACCGGAAGCAGGUGGAAAAAAUCAAAAUUCUUUUGCGCAAUGUCGAUCUGACGGACAUAAAGGUUGGAUCGGUGGAGGAGUUUCAAGGGCAGGAGUAUCUGGCCGUCAUCAUCUCCACCGUACGGUCAAAUGAAGAUAGAUUUGAAGAUGAUAGAUACUUUUUGGGAUUCUUGUCCAACUCAAAAAGAUUUAAUGUUGCAAUCACCAGACCCAAAGCCUUGCUGAUCGUGCUGGGAAACCCUCACGUUCUGGUCAGAGAUCCCUGUUUCGGUGCUUUACUGGAAUACAGCAUCACCAAUGGCGUCUACACCGGCUGCAAUCUCCCUCCGGAACUGCAGUCCCUGCCAAAGUGAGCUCCGCUCCUCUUCCUGCCCCGCCCUGCAGCCCACCGCCCUCUCCUCCUUCUUGUGCAGUCCCGGGGUGGCGCUUGGGACCACUGAAAGAGGCCUCAGCCCCAAGCCCUACUUUGGUGGCCCCCAUGAUCCAACCCUGAGCUGCUGCGGGGAACCCAGCUCACCGGCUCCCUCCCCCUACCUGUAGCUGUGAUGAGACCCGGGACCUGUCACUCCCCCACCCCACAGAGCCGGGGUCAGAGGGCCCCCCAGGACCGGGUCCCCAGCCCCAGCUGGUGAGGCAUCCCAGACAUCUGCUGUCCUCCCUUCUGGGCUGGGAACCCUGCCACGUGCCUUGUGUCCCAGCCUCAGCCGGGAGCGUGGGACCCGUGGGGUCAGACAGAGCCUGCUGACUGUUCUCCGCAUCAGCCCUUUCCUGCCGCCGGGCGGGUACCUGAACCCGUCCCCCAAAUAAAUGCUCACAUGAGA